CUCCCUGUUCUAUACUCAGGAAGAUCAUAGGAAUGUUGAAAGUUAUCUUAAACUGCCCUAUUGCCUUUGUUUAUUUCUUCACCCCUCAAGCAGAUAUGGCCGGGAGAAACCAGACUCCUGUGAUGGAAUUCACCUUGGUCGCCUUGCCUGUCAUCCGGGAGCGACAGAUCUUUCUCUCUGUCAUUCUCCUGCUGGAUUACACGCUUACCAUGAUGGGAAAUAUCAUCAUCAUUUCUUUAAUAUGGACUGACAAUCGUCUCCAAACACCAAUGUACUUCUUCCUCAGUAAUUUAUCAUUUUUGGACAUUUUGUUCACAAGUACUAUUGCCCCAAAGUUGCUAGCUUGUCUCUUAGGAGAGAAGAAAACCAUAUCCUUUGCUGGAUGCAUCACUCAAAUUUAUUUCUACUUCUUUCUGGGGACAGUGGAGUUCAUCCUCUUGGUGGUGAUGUCCUUUGACCGCUAUGUGGCCAUCUGUAACCCCCUGCGCUACACUGUCAUCAUGAACAGCAGGUUCUGUCUCCUGAUGGUUCUGGGAUGCUGGGUGGGAGCCUUCCUGUCAGUGCUCUACCCAAUGACUGUGGUGUCCACAUUGCCUUUCUGUUAUAAGGAAAUUAAUCACUUCUUCUGUGAUCUGGCCCCCCUGCUCCACGUGGCCUGCAUCGACACUCAUUUCAUAGAGAUGUUAAGCUUCAUCUUUUCCACCUUGGUCCUCCUGACCUCACUGCUGCUCACCACUGUGUCCUACACCUACAUCAUCUCUACCAUCUUGCGCAUCCCCUCAGCCCAAGGACGUCAGAAGGCCUUUUCCACCUGUGCUUCUCACAUCACUGUUGUCUCCAUCGCCUACGGGAGCAACAUCUUCAUGUAUGUGAGGCCCAGCCAGAGCCAGUCACUGGAUUUUGACAAAGUGUCAGCUGUCCUCAUCAUAAUGGUGACCCCUCUUCUGAACCCCUUCAUUUAUAGUCUGAGGAAUGAGAAAGUAAAGGAAGUUUUGAGAGAGACAAUGAGAAGGAUAGCUCUAUCACAUUCCAGGGAAACAUGACAUUAAACAUUUAUUGAGGACAUCUAAGCUGUGCUUCCUCCAUAUGGUAACUUGUUCUAUGACAAGAGUGGCACAGAAGUGUGGCAGAGG